AUGUCUUUACCCAAGAGCCCUUCCUUCGAAUCCCUCCUCGCACUCACCCAAUCUGGUCCUUCUUCAGCACUUCUGAGUGGCCCAUCCGAUACGGAUUACCGCAGGCAACGCCUGCAGCGAAUUGGCAGCUAUACCGUAAUGCCCACAACACAAAAUCAAGUGGCAGACGAGGAGACCACUGCGUUACGCACGGUUCCAAGCCGCACUAGCUACGGGACAUUGCCCUCAGUUCGCCCGCGUCGCUCAACCACUAAAUCACUCGCUCAUCGCAUUCCUACUCUCACAGACACCCCUAUAGUACGUAAUGCAUCAGUCUCAGAUCCAGACUCUCCUCUGGCCUUCUCACCAACGUCUCUACGGGACACGUUCCGCCGCCGCAUCUCACAGCAGCGGCCCAUAUCUGCCUACGAUGCCCCGCUCGUAAACUCCAAAGUCAAUACUGCGGACGGUGACAUCGACGUUCGAAUAAACGGGUUUCGCGUAUGGUACACUUCGUUCUCGUCUAUUGACUGGCUACACGAUGCGAUCAAGGACUCGGUCCGGUUUGCACGACUCCGGCGCGGUAAAUCCAUCCGCUCCCGGGUCCGACUUGCGUUCGACAAGAGUCUUGGAUGGAUCAUUGUCACUGUUGUCGGGUUCAUCACUGCCAUAGUUGCAUUUCUUGUCCUCCGUGCAGAACAAUGGUUGUUUGAUAUGAAGCAGGGCUAUUGUAGGACUACGUGGUGGCAUGCGCGAUCGUUUUGCUGCCCUCAGACUGAUGAGUAUGGGGCCUUGGAGGACCUUUGUCCCGACUGGCGGACCUGGUCAGAUGUAUUCGCAUCAUGGACUGGCAGCAAAUCGGGAGGUGACAACAGUGUGGUGCAGUAUGUCGCGUAUACAAUCAUUGCGGUUUUAUUGGCCAGUACUUCAUCACUCCUCACAAUCUAUCUCACAGCGUCAACGUCUUUUGUCACCCGUAAAGAAUCCGGGGUUCUUUCCCCGGGAUUUGACAAGAGUGAUGAACAGAACCAGUCAAACUCCUUGCAACCCAAACGACAAGUCCUUUACUAUGCUGCUGGGAGUGGGAUUCCGGAGAUCAAGACCAUUUUGUCUGGUUUCGUCAUCCAUGGUUAUCUUGGUGGGCGCACGCUAUUUACUAAAGCGGUCGGACUGGCUUUGUCAGUUGGUUCGGGACUGUCUCUUGGCAAGGAGGGGCCUUUCGUCCACAUCGCGAGUUGCAUAGGCAACAUCGUCAGUCGUUAUCAUAGCAAGUAUGAAAAUAAUGAAGCCAAACGUCGUGAGAUACUCAGCGCCGCGUGCGCAGCAGGUGUUGCUGUUGCAUUUGGAGCUCCCAUUGGCGGUACCCUGUUUAGCUUGGAAGAAGUUUCUUAUUUCUUCCCGCCGAAGGUUAUGUGGAGAAGCUUUUUCUGCGCGAUGAUAGCGGCCAUAACUCUUCGGUUCCUUAAUCCUUUUGGAACUGGCAAACUUGUAUUGUUCCAGGUUACUUAUGACAAGGACUGGCAUGCAUAUGAACUGAUAUUUUUCCUCCUACUCGGCGUUCUGGGAGGAGUAUAUGGCGCGUACUUUUCCAAGCUGAACUACCGUUGGAGUCGUUACGUUCGUGGCGGAACAUGGCUCAAGGCGCAUCCAGUAGCAGAAGUCGUUCUUGUUACCCUUGCAACCGCUGUCUUGUGCUUUUUAAAUCCUUAUGCACGCAUGGGGGGCACAGAACUUGUUUACAAUCUCUUUUCAGAAUGUCGCACGGGCAACCAAAACAUUCAUUUUGAUUUGUGCGUCCUGGAUCCAAGCAGUUUCGACCGUGUCUGGCCCAUCGUGCGAGCGAUCCUUGUUGCUAUGAUAGUCAAGGGUUUCCUGACCAUAAUAACAUUUGGCAUCAAACUGCCAGCUGGGAUUUUUAUACCCACCCUCGGAGUAGGUGCAUGCGCUGGACGGAUUGUUGGCAUCGGUGUGCAAUGGCUUCAGUACCAUCACCCGAAUAGUGCCGUCUUCGCUGUGUGCGAAGGUGAUAUGGACUGUGUCGUGCCUGGCCUGUAUGCAAUGGUGGGAGCUGCAGCGGCCUUGUCUGGCGUCACGAGAACGACGGUGUCAUUAGCGGUCAUCAUGUUCGAGCUUACCGAUACCCUCACGUAUGCUGUUCCUGUGAUGCUGUCUGUUCUGGUUGCCAAGACUGUAGCCGAUGCUCUAGAACCCAAAGGGAUUUAUGACUUGGUUAUCGAGCUAUCUCAACUUCCAUACCUAGAUGCUAAACAUGAAUACUUGUGGUCGAAUCUGUCCAUCAAGGAAGUGGCCGAUCGAGAUGUGGAUGUUAUCAGGGUCGAUCGCCACAAUACCGUCGAAAGUCUUCGGGACCAAUUGCAAUCACUUCUGAAUGCAGAGCAUGAUGACAGUGGUUUCCCCAUUCUCAGGCCAAAUCGUGACGGAGAUGGGAUGCGCAUGAUUGGUUAUAUUGGUGCUAGCGAACUCGAGCACGCUCUCGCCGUCGUAGCGGAGGAAGCAACCGAAGAAGUUCGUUUCCACACUACGUAUACGCACGAGGAAUAUCUGGCUACUUCAUAUUCGUCCUGGGCGGAAGAGGUGAGGCAGGGUGGAGACGAUCCAUUCGACUUCAGUGUAUAUAUGGAUCAGGCGCCGUUGGCGAUUCAGUCCAAUUCGCCUUUGCAGCUCCUUCACCAAUUCUUCGUCAAGCUUGGCGCUCGUUAUGUUAUCGUGACGGACACUGACGGCGACUAUGAGGGCGUAAUCGCCAAGAAGACAUGGCUAGCAUUUCUCAGCCAAUUGGAGGAGAAAUCAUGA